GACUUGUUUUGUAAAAACUUGUUUGUAAUUAAAGUACAGCUAAAGCCAUAUGUAAAAAGACCAACAUUGGACGUUUGAUUCUGUUUUUAUUGCCACUAUGUUGGUACAUCUACACACUAUUUUCAGAUCAUAAUGAGCACCAAUUUUGAUAAUUUUGGUCUUCUCGGAUCCACAAACAAUUUUUUUCAUUAACAGUAACUGGUGGUUAAAAUGAAAAGGAUACUGUAUGCCGUUUAAAGCAAGAAGAGAUGUUCGAGCAAGCACUUGACAAGUGCACGCACACCGGAAGUGCUACUUUGAAUAUAAAAGUCCCGAUGACAAAUUGCUUUUGUACGAUAAUACAGAUACUAUACAUAUGUGAUAAAAUAACUCCAAAAUACGUAAUUUUUCAGUCUUGUAACGUUCGUAUAAAACAUCGUUAUAUUCUCAUUACGUUCCAAAAUAAAGCACACCAUCUACAUCUUGUUAACCCUUCUAAAUGUACCGCUGUGGGGCACGGUUGAUACGAUAAAUCUGACAAUGUAUAAAAUUACGAUAAUUCGAAAUUAAUUUCAAAGAAUCGCUGAUUAAUCCAUUCAAGGUUUUAAUUUGAAAGCGGAAGUAGGUUUGGCGCUAUCUUCGGUUAAUCUGCCCACGUAGAUAAACAACGUGCAGGUCAAAGGCGGGCAGAUGGUAUUGUGUUUGUCAGUAUUCAUUGGGGACCCUCGUAGUAAGGACGUUGGUGUUUUCUAAACGCUGUUUUUUUAAGUGUUUAAGUUGCUUGACAGAAUGACGACAUUGAACCAAUGGUACUCCACAAACUGCUGCUUGUGCUGCCAUGUCCGCACAGGAACCAUCAUCCUGGGGGUCUGGUACAUGCUCAUCAACGCCGUGGUGUUACUCAUCCUGCUCACGGCACUCGGUGAUCCUGAGCAGUACCACCUGACCAGUGCUGAGUUGGCUAAUGACUUGGAUGUCAUGGAUGAUGCCAACAUGUGCAUCGCCUCAUCCAUCUCCCUGCUGAUGAUACUCAUAUGUGGGAUGGCAACAUAUGGUGCAUACAAGUUGCAUGCUGCCUGGAUCAUACCGUUUUUCUGCUAUCAGAUCUUCGACUUUGCACUCAACACCCUUGUUGCUGUGAGCAUUGUGGUCUAUCCAAAUACGAUACAGGAUUACCUGCAGCAAUUGCCGGACAAUUUUCCCUACAAAGAGGACAUUGCAGCUCUCAGUAAUGUGUGCUUGGUCCUCGUCGUGCUGCUCUUCAUCAGCUGUAUUUUGGCCUUCAAGGCUUACCUGAUAGCAUGCGUGUGGAGCUGCUACAGAUACGUGUGCAGCCGCGGCACUGCACAAAUCCUACUCUACGUCACAACCGAUGACACAAAGGUGCUCUUUCCUCCUUAUGACAACAGCGUGGAUGUUCCGACUAAACAGGGCGCUCCUCGGUCCUCUUCCACAAUGACCGCAUGAGGACAUUCCCAAGGACCCUCGGUAGGAAGUCUUUGUACAAUCCACGUCUGCACCUCACUGCCUCUUUAAGCAUUCCAUAACAAAUUUGCUAUGAACAGCCGUCACAUACCAUCAUUGUGUACGUCGUAGGGGUGUGACGAUACUCUCAUUUCACGAGACGAUACAUAUCGGGUUCGCGAGACAAGGUUUUAACAUGAAUUUCAAGCAGGGCCCCAUGCAAGGUGGUAGAGUUGUGACAAUUCUUAGGGACCCUGAUUGGCUGGUGUUGAGGGGGCUUAUGGGGCAAUGCAUGAACUUAUAACUUGUUUUCACAACUAAAACCUAAAAUAAAAAAUCAUAGAAAGAUAAAGAAAAUAUAGUAAUAUUUUUUGAGGAGCUCUACGGUGUCUUCUGCAUCUCUGAUAUCGCAGCUGUCAAGUGUGUCACAGAUUCGUCUGUAUCGUAUUAUCUCUGGGCUGCUGUAGACUGCUGGAUUGCUUCUGCUGCUGGCAUAAGCAAUCCAGUGUGUUAAGAAUGUUUUUCCGUCGCCUUUUGGCGUCCAAUACUUGACAAUUUAGCGGUUUAUGCUUGGCGUAGACAUGGAGCGUUGGCUUGAAGGAGAGCAGAAGCUAGCUCUGUUUGCUAGCGUUCAGUUUUUAGUGUGCACAACGUGGUUCCAAUCACUCACACACAGCCAGGCAAAUAUACUUCUAUUAAACAAACAACCUUCUGACUAUCUUCUACCCACUUUUCUUAUGAGGAGAAAUAUCGUCACGUUUUAUCCUGGUGAGAUUUCGUGACACAAGAUCUUGUCACAUCCCUAAUAAUACAUUGUGUAAUGGACUUGUGACCUUCUUCUUAGUCAUACUGACUAACUACCAAUAUCUGUAAUUUUGGCUGACAUUAUUAAUAGAUGAAAGAUAUAUUUUUAUUAAUGCUGUGUUUGCUGUGUGCGUGUAAUUGUAUUGUGCGUCAGACACACACUUUGUAUUUACGCAAAGUACCCUUAGUAAAGAGUGAAUGGUUGCUGUGUUGUUUCGUCCUAUCAUGUUGUCUCCUAUCAGCUGCACCUUAACAUGUUGAAAAUGUUUAUUUUAUUGAAAAAACAGUCUCGUUGUAAAGCAUUGGGCCUUUGUGUUAUGAAAAAAAGAAAAUGGAACCUAGUUGUGUUUUCCUCAAUAAGGCCAGUGGUCUGCUAUGUGGAAACACACGUUUGUUUCUCCAGGUAUGCUUAUUGGAAAAUGCUGUGAUGUGCAAUCAAAAUGAAAAAUAAAUAGAUGUUUGCAAAAUGUGUCUUGUAUUACCUUCAUACUUUUAAUACAUCCUUGCUUCUGGGGUGUGAAUACAACAUGGAAAGUAUUUGUACGAUAUGAUCUACUACCUUGCGAAGUGCUCAUUGUGUGGUUGGGAUUCCAGUGACGGAGUCUUUCCAUAAACCCAAGCUCGACUUUGGAUGAUAUAUAUCUCAAAAAUAGACUUUAUAACCUUUGCAGAGACUUGUGUUU